GAAAUACAAAAAUACGGUUGAUCCCGGCGCUCUGCUGUCCAUUCUAUGUAUGGCGCGGCACCCGUGCAUUACGCGCGAAGUAAUUAAGGCGAGGCUCUUGGUCGCCUAUAAAGCGCCCCCAGCGCGCAGUCGCUGAGAGAGAACAUUGAUCCCCGUGGUCCUCGCUGGAAUGGAGCCAGUCAUACUGUUGACCUCGCUCAUCGUCACAGCGAUUGUUUUCCUGGUGAUCCAUGGGCGUACAUCCGAGUCUGCCAAGCUGCGACUGCCGCCAGGCCCAGCGCGGAUACCACUCCUGGGGAACGUCCAUCAACUCCCAUCCAUGGGGCAACAAAGGGCGUUUGCGGAGUGGGGAAAGCGCUAUGGGGAUGUGAUCUACGCUCGUUUAUUUCAGACACCAGCCAUCGUGGUGAAUUCCAUGAACGCCGCACAAGACCUUCUCGAUAAGAGGAGCGCCAAGUACUCGCACAGACCUCGGUUCAUCCUAUUGCAGGAUUUGAUGGGCUGGGACGUCAUGACGCACUUUUCAUAUGGUGAAAGAUGGCGAAGACACCGGAAGUGGAUCGCGAGCGCCUUCCAGGACAAGGAUGCACUAUUGAGUUAUCGACCAUUGCAGCGUAGAGAAACCUACGUGCUCUUAUCCGGUCUGAUGGAUACGCCGCAAGAGUUCAUGGGACACAUUCGAAGAUUCACGGCCGCUAUGAUCAUGGAGAUUGCUUACGGCCAUUGCGUCGAAUCUUCCGACGACAAAUUCAUCCACCUCGCAGAGCGCGCUAGCGCGGUCACUCUAGAGUCAGGAGAUGCAGGAGCAAUGCUCGUUGACUUCUUCCCAUUAUUGCAGUACCUACCGUUCUGGGCUCCUGGAGCUGGUUUCAAGAGGAGGGCGUUUGCUGCCAACAAGAUUAUCCAAGAAUUACUCGAUACGCCAUUUGACAUGGUCAAGAACGCAAUGAUGAAGGGCAUAGCUCGUCCCUGCUUUACGACUUCGCUGCUGGAGGAGAUCAUUCAAAAGGGCACGCUGAACAAACAAGAUGAGCAUGAGAUCAAGGGCGCUGCGGGUCUUCUAUAUGGAGCGGCUACUGACACCACGUCGGCUGUACUCGGGACAUUCAUGCUUGCGAUGGUUCUACACCCGGAAGUGUACCAGAAGGCACGGGCAGAAAUCGAUCGCGUUGUCGGUGCGGAUCGGCUGCCGGACUUCGAUGAUAGAGCAUCGCUCCCCUAUCUCGAAUGUGUCAUCCAGGAAGUAUUCCGUUGGAAUUGCCCAGUCCCAUUGGGAUUGCCACACAGGACUAUGGUUCAGGAUGAGUACCGCGGGUUUGACAUUCCCGCCGAAGCAAUGAUCAUACCUAAUAUCUGGGCGAUGACCAACGACCCGAGUAUCUACUCGACGCCAGACAUCUUCAGGCCAGAGCGCUUCAUGGAGAUGGAUCCACAGACCAUGGAAUCUCGGGAUCCUCGGAAUGUUGUCUUCGGCUUUGGCCGUCGCAUCUGUCCUGGCCAGAAGUUUGCUGAUUCCAGUGUUUGGCUGGCGGCUGCAUGCAUCAUCGCUGCAGUGGAUAUCAGUCAGAUCCUCGACGCGUUUGGAAAAUCCGUCCAACCGCCCGCUGCUUUCGACGAGGUGUUCGUCAGCCAUCCGAAGGAUUUCCCUUGUAACAUCAAACCACGGUCAUCCAAGGCUCAGAAGAUGGUGUCUGAUUUCGUCGUAAAUCACACGAUGUGAUGAUGUCGAUAAUGAUAUGAUUUCAUUCUCUUUAUUACAUGAUGGAUUUAAAAAAUGGUGAUGCUUGACACGCAUUGUUUCUCAUGGUACCUCGCUGAGAUUAUGAUGUUCCUUCGGUAUGGUGGUACUUCAAGGUUCUCUGUUUGGCAUUGUUGUCCAAAGGCUUCUGGAUAUAACAAGGACAAA